AAUAUUUACCUUCCUCGAAUUAUUCUCAGUACGAAUGGUUUUACUUUCGGUUUUGUUUCACCAUCAUGGCAGUUUGUGUGGCUGUCAUCGCAAAAGAGAACUACCCACUUUUUAUCAAGACCAUUCCAACAGAUAAUGAAUUGAAAUUCUACUACACUGUACAUACCUCACUUGAUGUUGUAGAAGAGAAAAUUUCCUCCGUGGGGAAAAACACAAAUGAACUUCGAGAACUGUACCUUGGACUGUUAUACCCAACAGAAGACUACAAAGUAUAUGGCUAUGUCACAAAUACCAAAGUGAAAUUUGUAAUUGUUGUAGAAUCCAUUAAUUCAAGUUUAAGGGACAAUGAAAUAAGAAGUAUGUUCAGAAAAUUGCACAAUGCGUAUGUGGACAUGUUAUGUAAUCCUUUCUACACACCAGGAGAAAAUAUUACAUCACAGACAUUUGAGAAUGUGGUAAUAUCCAUGAUGCAUGACUGAGUAAUGAGGAACCAAUGCCAUUUUUCUUUUUGAUUGUGCAAUACUGUUAUAAUCAUAAUGUACACAAUGUAGAUACCUGUUUAACAUUAAACAUUACAAAUUUAUGUAAA